UCAAGGAAUUGAAUAUUUAACCCUUUUGUAAUUCUCUGUUGAUUUAUUCCUUUCUGUGCUCUUCAAGGCGAAGACUGAUUACUGUACAGCAAAUUGCUCUAAGCUCUGAGGCAGAGAGGCGUUUCUUUUCGCUUCCUGAGCUGAGCAUGAGACUUUGAAGACUUAUGUACCUAUGAUUGAACACCAAAACCAGAAGUUCAGUUGAGUUUAUAUGGAAACUAGAAGUGAUAAUAAAUAUCGAUUGCGCGUCAAGAACUUGAUCAACACCCAUGUCGACUCCAAGGAUAUUGAAAAUUUUAUGAGUCUAGAUUUGUCAGCAUCAACAACAGGGUGCAUCUUCAAAGUCCCUGACAUUCCUCGUAGCCAAAACCAAAAUGCCUACGUCCCAAUUGCAUUCUCAAUUGGGCCCUGGCAUUACAGCAACCCAAACUUACGUGCCAAUGAUAAAUUAAAAACACUAUAUCUACGAGAUCUCAUUUCCAAAGACAGGAAUCCAAAGGCUACAUUGAUGGAGUUGUCAAAUUCUGAAAUGUACAUACUUGAGCUUAGCAGGAAGGUUCAGGAGUGUUAUUCCAGCCCUGUAGAUCAGGAGUAUGAUGGUUGUGAUCUAUUAGUCGAUGGUUGCUUUAUUAUUGAAUUCCUCCGUAAGUUCCAAGAUAAGAGCCGUAGGGAUCCUGAUGACCCGGUUUUCUCUUAUAUGCUGCAGUUUCUAUACCAUGAUUUGAUGUUGUUAGAAAACCAAAUACCUUGGUUUGUGCUUGAAGAUAUUUUCCAUAGGACAUGUGGGAACAAUGAAAAGCCACUUAUUUGGUAUGUUAGUGCAUUUCUUAAACAGAUUUUCCCAAUUGCAUUUGUACCAACUGAAGGGAAUCUACCCAGCCUACAACCCAAGCAUAUUCUUGACCUAUUAAGGUUAUGGCUGGUUUCCCCAAUUGAAGAAGAGAAAGGAAAAAAUACAGUUCUGCAAAUAGAUGACAUUGUAACAAAUGGGGGAUGGAAACCCAUUCCUCCUGCAUCAUUUCUUCGGAAGGCUGGAGUCAAAAUCAAAAGAAAAUUAAUGGCUGACAGCAUUUUGCAGGUAACAUUUCGAAAUGGCUAUCUGGAAAUCCCACCUCUUGAAUUUCGACAAGGGACGGAAGAUGUCUUUCAGAACUUAAUCUGCUUGGAGCAGUGUUUGACCAAAUGCCCCCAUGGAAUAACUUCUUAUGUGACACUUCUUGGGUGCCUUAUCAACACUCCCAUGGACUUCAAUUUACUAUGUGAGGCUGGAAUCUUUGAUAACUGGAUGAAUCCUGAGGAUGUCAUCAAUUUCUUCAAUAAGGCAAUCUACCGGGGCGCUUAUGUCAAGGAUUACUACUACCUUGAGCUUAGUGAGCAAGUGAUUGAGUAUUGCAACCGCAAGUGGCCUAGGUUACGUGCAAUUUAUCGCAAUGAAUUCACCACUCCAUGGGCCAUCAUCUCACAGGUUGUUGCAGGCUUCCUCUUCAUUUUUACCUUACUACAGACACUGUUUACCAUCAUGAGAUAAAUGUGUAGACCUCAUUCCUCCUUCCACUUGAUUAUACAAGUGUAGAGUCGCAUAUUUGGACAAUGUGUAAAUUUAGAAAUAUUGAAGUACUAUAAUCUUUUGCAAUGUUAGCUCUUGGAGCUGCUUUUUUGUUCUUCUAAUAAAAAGGUAAAUGAUGGUUAUCCACUA